GACUAUCGUUAUGCCAAAUUUUUACAAGCGUAUUUAUUUAAAUUAGUGAUGUUUUUAAGAUGAAUGUUAUUAUUUAAUAAUGUUUUACUUUUAUUUUAAAUAGUUGCUUUUACUUGGAACCGUCUGUUGUAAAUGGCGGGCGACGGCCAGGAAGGCGUGCAGGAGCUGAAGGCGAGGCUGCAGCAGCGGUGGAGGCAUCUGGGGCAGCUGCGCAGGCAGACGCACGCGGCGCAGCGCCGGCCGCACGGCGAUUCCCUGGAGCCCGCGGCGGGGCGCCUGUCGCCCUCGGACAACACAGCCCUGCGCGCCCGGCUGCGCUUCCACCAGUUCAGAGGGGUGUACGUGCGGCGCAUGGCGAGCUCCCAGAUGCUGCUGCAGUUCAGCACGUCCCACCAGGGUCGCUACCUCGAGCCCUUCAUGAUGCUGCUGCAAGCUGAGGAGGGUAAAUUCACGAUAACAAAAGCUUCCUUGCCGAUGUCUGUGAGACUGGCGAAGCUUGAAGAAAAAUUGUCGGAAAAAAACAACCUGCUGGAAUUCAUUGAAUACGUCCAGGCCUGCGUGGAUGCUUACACGUUCAGGAAGUUCGAUUUAGACAUGUUCAAGGAACUGGCCAGCAAGAGGUUUGUGACGAACCUGCGCCCCACGCUCAACCUGCACUUCGUGUACCUGACGAUGUCGCUGCGGGACGGGUCUGGCCGCAGGGUCCCGCUGAGCGUCGUUCUCAAGUACGACCAGCACUCGUGCAUCCCCUCCGAGAUGAAGGUCGUUGCAGUUGCGGAGGGCGACGAGGAGUUUGCCAGAGGGUCGGAAACCACCCUGAGCUACUUCCUGAAGGUGCCGCUGUGCGACGCGUUUGCGCUGGGCGUGAAGGACGAGGCGGGAGGGACGCAGGCGGACCGGAGCAGAAGCGCGGACGGCAGUCGGGCCAAGACGGCGUGCCGUGUGCUCAGGUUCUCCCCCUCCGAGUCGCGCAGCACGGACAGCUCGUCCGAGGAGGAGGAGGAGGAGGAGGAGGUUAGCCCGAGAGCGAGGCGAUCCUCACGCUUCAGGCCCCCUCCGAGGCCCCGGGCGUCCCGAGCCCGCCCCCGCGCACCGAGACGGUGAACUGCACCCGUGCAGAGACUACCUUUGGUUCCCAGUGCGUACCUUCAUGUGAUCUCUUGCGUUGGACUGAACCCUACUGCAAGAGGAAAACUUUAUUACACGUUACAACUUCCUGUCCAGGGCUUAAUUGUGGACCAGAUGUGUGGGAUGAUGCACCAUGGUGUCAGGCAUGUCAGUCAGCCUUUCAGUAACGAAGACUGGAAGAUAAAUUUGCUCCUUCACAUGAGACAGGAGGCCACUGGGUGUUAGAAUGAUUCAAGAUGGUAAAAUAAUUAAAUAAUUAACAAACUAAUAAAAUAAUACAUAUAAAUUAAAUAAUAAAAAUAAUUAAAACAAAGGGGGUAAAAAAAGCUUUUUCUAUUGUCCUUCGUGCAGCGUGAACAUCGCCAGAUGAAGGUGCAAGAGUGCUUUGAGGUCUUGUACGAAAUUGUCUUAUAGGCCAGAAAAUACUGUAAAAAAGGAACACAAGCAAGCAUGGAAUAAAACAUGGCAGAAGGCAAGUAUCAGAUUAACUUUUAUCUGCCAGUUGGUUCUUGAUUGGCUCGUGAGUGGGGCAGGAUGCCUUGUUCUGCGAGUGUUUCAAGCACCCCGCUGCAGUAGCGCUGGCCUGUAGACACUAUCGGGUCUGAAAUGUGUACAAAAUGCUUCCGUUUCGGUUGCCACAGUCAUCAGUGAUUGGCACUUAGAUUGAAAUGUUCUUUUAAACACUUGUACUAGCAUAUUUAUUUUCAAUCUCUGUGCUGUAUGGUAAUUCCCAUUUGUGUUAAUUGCUCUUGUUCAGCGUUCUUUUGUUAGAUAUGCUUACUCUUCGUCUAAAUCAAAAAAGGAAUUCCAUACUCAAUAAACUUUUAUGAAUUUUACAUGAAAUAUCAUUCUAUCCUUCCCAUGAUGAAAUGCUCCUAACUUUUGAAUAGUUUUUAACAUGAAUAAUAGUACUUUUAAUUGCCAAAUGUAUUCUUCAGUUGUACAUUAUACAAUUAUGUUUAGGGUACAAUUUUUUAGUGGACCGAUCAUUUAGAGAAAGUUUCCUAUGUGGUCUGAAGUCUAACAGCUACCUAAUUUGUAGCAAAAUGGGCCUUUUAAUGAAAUGAGUGUUUUUUUUUUUGGUUUGAUGGAGUUUACAAUGGCAAAUACUGAAGCAUUAAAUUUGGCUAAUUAUUUCACAU